GAGAGAGAAUAUGCCAUGGAAAAUUGGAAAUGGGGAGUGGAUACCAACAACCAGUCCGGAGAGAUUGAAGGUGACUUCCUCCAUGGAUGGCCCCACACGCCCCAACACGGUCAUGCCCCUCACGCCAUGCCACCUCCCCAACAAGAAGCUCGCUCGAAUCUUCUCGAACUGACUCCACACCGCCAUUCCUACUCUCUGUCUCCCUCUCUCCUCCUCGUCCUCCUCGUCCCCCUCCUCCUUCUUCUUGUUUAUAUACUGCCGUCCUCGUCGAGAUUCCUCCGACCCAAGUUCUCGAUUGACUUGUUCUCCAGGAAAAAGAGAAGCUUUCCAUCGCGGCAUUCCGGCAGGGCAUCUGGGCAAAUGGCGGAAGAAGGCGUCGUCACCGUCUACAACAGCAACGUCGUCGCCGACACCAAGAAGAACCCCUUCUCCCUCAAGGUCGGCAUGGCCCAGAUGCUCCGCGGCGGCGCCAUCUUCGAGGCCACCUCCGUGGAGCAGGCCAAGAUCGCCGAGGAGGCCGGCGCCUGCUCCGUCGUCGUCUCCCACCCGUCCGGGGCUGCGACGGGUAUCUCGCGCAUGCCCGAUCCUUCCCUGAUCAAGGACGUCAAGCGCGCCGUCUCGAUCCCGAUCGUCGCGCGGGCCCGCGUCGGGCAUUUCGUGGAGGCCCAGAUUCUGGAGGCCGUCGGGGUCGAUUACAUUGACGAGAGCGAGGCCAUCGCGAUCGCCGACGAGGACAAUUACAUCAACAAGCACAACUUCCGGAGCCCCUUCGUCUGCGGGUGUCGGAGUCUCGGAGAGGCGUUGAGGAGGAUGAGGGAAGGUGCGGCCAUGAUCAGGAUACAGGGCGAUUUGGACAGAUCUGGGGAUGUGGUCGAGACCGUCAAGAAUGUGAGGUCAGUGAUGGGGGAGAUGAGGGUCUUGAACAACAUGGACGAUGAUGAAGUCUUUGCGUUCGCAAAGAAGAUCGAGGCGCCUUACGAUCUCGUGGCGCAGAGCAAGCAGAUGGGUCGCCUCCCUGUCGUGCAUUUUGCCGCCGGAGGGAUCGUAACUCCAGCCGACGCGGCGCUGAUGAUGCAAUUGGGGUGCGACGGCGUAUUUGUGGGUUCGGAGGUUUUCGAUUGCUCGGAUCCCUAUAAGCGCGUGCAGGGCAUCGUCCGAGGCGUGAGGCAUUACACGGAUCCACACGUGUUGGUGGAGACGUGCUCCGGGCUGGCGGGGCUGCAUCUCGGUCAGGAGAGGAUCGAAGAGUCUGAGGGCCAGUGAUGCGUAGUAACUGAGUUUUUCUUGCCAAAAGUAUAUGCGUACUCUGUUGCUGAGGUACUGGGCUUUUUACAGCUGUGGAAACAAUUUCGGGCGGGGAAUACAUUCGCAUCUUCUUGUAUGACGCACGAUAUGAAUCUAAUUGGGCAAGUGCGUUCCUUAUCAAUGGCAUUUUGUUGUGUAUUGUUUGUUCUAUGUAAUAUUAUGGAAAUAAUCCAAUUUAAGUAGGAAUGGCGUUGUUGUGUUCUC